AUGACGCGAUCGCUGUUCAAAUUGCCCAGAGAGGGAUUCUACAUUGAUUUUCUUGUUCUAUGGUCUCGAGCCACGGUCCUGAAUCCAUAUCUUGCUGCUUUGAUCUGGGCAAGCGUGGGGUUUUGGAGAUUCGACAAUCGGGAGGCGUUCAGCACGACAGUCUACGCCUGGCCUUUCGACACUUGGUACGCGUCUCUGAUCUCGACUUUCACGCUUCUCGGAAUCUUGCUUAAACUGCACGACUUUCUAAACGACCAAAUUCUGAACAACUGGAACAAUGCUGAUAGCUGGGAUUGGAAUCAAGAGAUAGUGGUCGUCACUGGAGGCUGCAGCGGGAUUGGGCUAAGCAUCGUUGAACAACUCCUUCUUCGCAAUGCACAGACCACCAUCGUCAUCGUGGACUACGUCAAACCCCUGUUCGAAAUCGCUGCAGACGGCCCUCUACGAUUUUACCAAUGCGACUUAAGCGACAGUACUGCUAUACAGCAGAUUUGCAAAGCCAUCAAAGCUGACGUUGGCGACCCGACGGUACUGGUGAACAAUGCUGGACUCACACGAGGUCAGACAGUGAUGGAAGGAGAGUAUGGAGACGUCGAGAUGACCUUUCGAACCAACAUCAUCGCUCCAUUUCUUUUGACAAAGGAAUUCCUGCCCGCAAUGGUCGCUCGAAACCACGGUCACAUAGUCGGCAUCUCCUCGAUGAGCGCAAUGAUAACGCCGGCCGGACUCGCUGAUUAUGGGGCGACAAAGGCAGGCAUGAUCAUUCUGCAAGAGACAUUGCGCGCGGAGCUGAAGUUCAGACACAAUGCGCCAAAGGUUCGCGUCUCAACGGCUGUCCUUGGGUUCAUCAAAACUCCCAUGUUCAAAGGCAAGACAAAUCAAUCUAACUUCUUGUCGCCUCUCAUACAUGUUGAUACUGUCGGAGAAGACGUCGUCGAUGUACUUUAUAGCCGCCGCUCUCGAACCACCUUCUGGCCUGGAAUUUCAAGAUAUCUGGCUAGUCUUCGAGGAGGGCCGGAAUGGUUGCUUGCACUCGCAACUAGAUCAACGGAAAACUUGCGGGUAGACUACAAAGGGCGUCAAAAGCUAGAUCGGGCCACGGGAAGGCUGAUUGAUUGA